GUCGCGGAGAGCCUUUGAACAACAUGGGGCCCUACUUUCGGUACUUGGCGUUCGCCAUGGAGUCCAGGCCAUACAGGCAUCACGCCGUAUUUACGCCUGUGACAACUCACUGGAGCAGCUGGGGCAAGAAGACCGACGUGGCAUAUCCCGUGUUUGUGAAUCCCAG